GCGCAGUAAGGACGUAGGUAGCCGGCGGGAGUUAGGGUGCCGGUCCGCAGGCGGUGAGGCUGCGGUACCGGGAGAAAGAGUCUCUGUGUGACUGGAUCUGGAAGGAUGACGUCCAUUAUUAAACUGACGACGCUCUCCGGAGCACAGGAGGAGUCCGCCCUCUGCUACCUGCUGCAGGUCGACGAGUUUCGCUUCCUCCUUGAUUGUGGAUGGGAUGAGAACUUUUCCAUGGACAAUAUAGAAGCCAUUAAAAAAUAUGUCCAUCAAAUAGACGCCGUCCUCCUAUCUCAUCCGGAUCCCCUUCACCUAGGAGCGCUCCCCUAUGCAGUUGGUAAACUGGGGUUAAACUGUGCAAUCUAUGCCACCAUUCCUGUGUAUAAGAUGGGCCAGAUGUUCAUGUAUGACCUGUACCAGUCUCGGCACAACACAGAGGAUUUCAACUUCUACACGUUGGAUGAUGUGGACUCUGCAUUUGAUAAAAUACAGCAACUAAAAUUUUCCCAGAUCGUACAUUUGAAAGGUAAAGGUCAUGGUUUAUCCAUCACUCCGUUACCGGCUGGCCACAUGAUCGGAGGAACCAUAUGGAAAAUAGUCAAGGAUGGAGAGGAAGAGAUUGUCUAUGCUGUGGACUUUAACCACAAGAGAGAGAUACACUUGAACGGUUGCUCUUUGGAGAUGAUCAGUCGUCCGUCCUUGCUCAUCACUGACAGCUUUAACGCCACUUAUGUUCAACCCAGGAGAAAACAACGAGAUGAACAACUACUCACGAAUGUACUGGAGACCUUGCGGGGAGACGGGAAUGUGUUAAUCGCAGUCGACACUGCCGGGCGAGUCUUGGAGCUUGCGCAGCUUCUCGACCAGAUUUGGAGAACCAAGGAUGCCGGCCUCGGAGUGUAUUCUUUAGCCCUUCUCAAUAAUGUCAGCUACAAUGUAGUGGAGUUCUCAAAGUCUCAGGUGGAGUGGAUGAGCGACAAGCUCAUGAGAUGUUUUGAAGACAAAAGAAACAACCCCUUCCAGUUCCGUCACUUGACCCUGUGCCACGGCUUUGCUGAUCUCGCUCGCGUCCCCAGCCCUAAGGUUGUACUGGCUAGCCAGCCUGACCUGGAGUGUGGAUUUUCCAGAGAGUUGUUUAUCCAGUGGUGCCAAGACCCCAAAAACUCUAUCAUCCUCACAUACAGGACCACCCCUGGGACUCUCACUCGGUACCUGAUUGACAACCCUACAGAAAGAAUCAUAGAUAUAGAGCUUAGGAAAAGAGUGAAGCUAGAAGGAAGGGAGCUUGAGGAAUAUCUGGAAAAGGAAAGGAUGAAGAAAGAGGCUGCAAAAAAACUGGAACAGUCCAAAGAAGUUGACAUAGAUUCCAGUGACGAUAGCGACGUUGAGGAAGAUAUUGACCAGCCUAUGGCCCACAAGGCCAAACACGACCUGAUGAUGAAGAAUGAGGGCAACAGGAAAGGCAGCUUUUUCAAGCAGGCAAAAAAGUCUCACCCCAUGUUCCCUGCCCCCGAAGAACGAAUAAAAUGGGACGAAUAUGGUGAGAUUAUAAAGCCUGAGGACUUCUUAGUUCCUGAACUCCAAGCAACCGAGGAAGAAAAGAACAAGCUGGAAUCUGGGCUUACAAAUGGGGAGGAACCUAUGGACCAAGAUUUAUCAGAUGUUCCAACGAAGUGUAUUUCCACAACAGAGGCAAUGGAGAUAAAAGCUAGAGUCACAUACAUUGAUUAUGAAGGCCGGUCCGACGGUGACUCCAUCAAGAAGAUCAUCAACCAGAUGAAGCCUCGUCAGCUAAUAAUCAUCCACGGGCCACCUAAAGCGAGCCAGGACCUUGCCGAGGCCUGCCGAGCUUUUGGUGGUAAAGAUAUUAAAGUUUACACUCCGAAACUUCACGAGACGGUGGAUGCAACAAGCGAAACUCACAUUUACCAGGUGAGAUUAAAAGACUCCCUUGUCAGCUCCCUGAAGUUCUGCAAAGCUAAAGACACCGAACUCGCCUGGAUCGAUGGCGUCCUUGAUAUGCGGGUGUCAAAGGUGGACACAGGAGUCAUCCUGGAAGAGGGAGAGUUAAAAGAAGAAGCUGAAGACUCUGAAAUGCAAGUGGAUACUCCAGCUAUUGACACUAGCACCAUUGCUCAGCAGAAAGCUAUUAAGAGCCUCUUUGACGAUGAUGAGAAGGAGUUUUCAGAAGAAAGCGAGGUCAUCCCUACUCUGGAACCACUGCCGAGUACUGAGAUUCCUGGACAUCAGUCCGUGUUUAUGAACGAGCCCAGGCUGUCCGAUUUUAAGCAAGUCCUUUUGCGCGAGGGGAUCCAGGCAGAGUUUGUUGGAGGCGUCCUCGUCUGCAACAAUGUGGUUGCGGUUCGCAGGACGGAGACGGGGCGUAUCGGUUUAGAGGGCUGCAUCUGCGAGGACUUUUAUAAGAUAAGGCAGCUUUUAUACGCACAGUAUGCCAUUGUAUAAGCGGAGUUGAUGGGACUUGACCUAUGUGACCUCUGACCUGGAGACCACCAGUGAAAAUUCUUCAUUCAAGUUUUUUUUCCUUUAAAAAUUAUUUUUAUAUUUUUUUGUAUCACAAACCAUACAUCCAGGACGACGCUUGUGAUAUGUGAGAAUUGUGCAGGCUUGUAGGUUAAGGUCUAGCCACAGGUAUGGACAGGACAGCUAUGUCUACCAGUAGCAGAUAUCCUGAUCAAGAGUGAGGAGCUGUUUGUGCAUUUUGCUGGUAUAUUCACAUUUUGAACCAGUUUAUAUGCAGAUAUAAUUUACAUAAAUGGUGCAGACGCUGUAUGCAUACAUGAUAUUGCUUAGACUACUUUCACACUCUCGUUUGGUGUGGAUCCGUCAUGGAUCCGUACCGAUAAUACAACCGCAUGCAUCCGUUCAGAACUGAUCUGUUUGUAUUAUCUUUAACGUUGCCAAAACGGA